UGGCAUCUGAUUGGUCGGCUCGGUCAUAAGUUGACCUCCACCGGUGUUUGGGUUCGUUUGUUCGUCCGCUGUCAACUCACCCGGGCGGAGAUUGGUGGAGGUGGUGCAUUUGGCAAUAAGAGGCCUGUGUUUUUAAAGGGGGGCGGGCUUAGCCAGAGGAGGAGUGUUUAUAACCAGAGAGAUAUCAGACACCAAGCCAGAGGAAGUGUUCCAGACUACGAGAGUGACUCUCUUUGGGUUUACACGGUGAACAAGUCUAAACUAGAUACCUGGAGGCUCUCCUGCAUCAUGACUUCUGCAGAAACUGAGCAGACUAUAGUGGUGAAGACAGAGGAACCAGCAGCAGCAGCAGCAGCUGGUACUGGUCCAGCAGCAGGGAAAGGGGGGUGGAAGUGCCCCAUCAGUGAUCACGUCCACAGAGAUGAUUUGAGAAAGAUUUGGAAAGAGUGCAGAGAGGAGAGCUUCUGGUAUAGAGCUCUUCCUCUCUCUGUGGGUAGCAUGGCUGUCACCGGUGGUCUCAUCUACAAUGGUGUCUGGAAAGCAUCAAAGCGAUUUGGCCCCUUUCCAAAACUAGCAGUUGCUGGGCUCCUUGGUUUUCUCGUGGGGAAAGCAUCUUACGCUGGAACUUGUCGAAGCAAGUUCCAGAAGCUUGGUGUUGGAGAAGGACCCGGAUUUGGAGGAUUUGGACCAGGAUUUGGACCAGGAUUUGGACCCUGGUCUGAGGGAGGUCGCUUUGGACCACCUAAACACCCUGGUCAUGGACACAGAUGCCACCAUGUGUGUGAAGAAUGUAAGAAAAAAGCUGAAGCUGCACCUGCACCUGCAGAAGAAGUGAAAAGCUAGAGGCGAAUAUUAGCCUCAUCAUAACCAGUGAAGAACUGGAGUGUGUCAGCGUGGAUCUAUCAGGGGCAGCUUUUCUGUUUUAUAAAUGCCACAUAUACAUAUUUGUCACAUACGUGUACUUUAAUCUAUUUUGAUAUAUUGUGCAUUCAGGAGAAACCAUGUGAAAUAACCAGCAGGGGGAGCUAAUUUCCUUUCAGUUGUAGGGUAUUUGGAUGGCAUUUCCAUUUUUAUCUUUUGAACAAGUAUCACCUCAUUUGCAGAGUACAAAGUCUCUUAUAGGGAGUGCAGCAGAGAGAUAAAGCACAUUCAUUGGGUUCAGUUUCAGCUGUAAUAUACAAAUCAUUCAAACAGAAAAAAAUACUGCAUAUGUGAUAUGAAACACAGUUAUUAAGUUUUGGCAUUAUUUACCAAUGAGCAAUUUGUCCACAAACAGACACUCAACAUAUGAAACAUAAUACGGACCAACUUAGAAAUUCAAGAAAAUGUCGCCGUCAUUAGUGAAUGUUGUUAGUUUUUUUUUGUUUUUUUUCAAAUAAUCAUCCCAUGAUUUGCUUGUCUUGACUAAAGAAAAAAUAAUUAACAGCAUAUUUGACACAAAUCUCAUCUUUUUUAUAUGCAUAUGACUUUGUUGCAUUGUUGCAUUCUUACAUUCAGUGAUUACAGUGUUUGGCAGUCUCAGCAGAGAUUCAUCAAUCUAAGAGAAAAGAAGUGUUAUUAAGCCUAAAAUAAAAGCAAUAUAUAAACAUGCGUUUCUUUAAAUAGCAUAUACUUGGUUGUGCUAAUCCUCAGUGGCCUUAAUGUACGGUGGGCAGACAGUUAGUGUACAUUGCCAUACUACUGUACUACUGCCGUACUGUAUGUGCAUUAUAUCCAGGACAAACUUGAAGAUAUGGUACAUACAGGGACCUAAAGCUGCUUCACCAUGCUUUGUUUUCUUUAUGUCUCACACACUAUGUACUGUAAAGCCUCCUGAGGCAAAUUGUGAUUUUGGACUAUAUAAAUAAAACUUACCUCUCGCUUUGAUCACUAAGCAAACUAGUCCCAGUUUGAAGAGUUCAUAGCACAGAGAGCAGAUGAGUGUUAUAUUUUGGCCCUUUCAGGUAAAA